GUGUGUGGGACCCCCGGUCCCGGGCCCGGACAUGUCGCCGCCGCUGCUCAGGCUGUUACAUCGCUGUUUCCCCGGACGACGUGUGGCUGCACUGACGGGUCUGUCAACCGCCCCUCCGCGACCCCUGAGCAGCGCCUCCUCUCCCACCAAACCGCCUGAGGGAAAAGAAAAUAAACAGCCUUCAUCCCUUAAGAAAAGAUGGAAAGAUACCGCAGAGACGCUGAUUAUUGGAGGCGGGUGUGUCGGAGUGAGUCUGGCUUAUCAUCUUGCCAAGGCCGGAAUGAAAGAUGUUGUUUUGCUGGAGAAGUCUGAGCUAACAGCUGGCUCUACGUGGCAUGCAGCUGGAUUAACAACGUAUUUUCACCCUGGAAUCAAUUUGAAGAAAAUUCAUGACUACAGCAUCAAACUGUACGAAAAAUUGGAGGAAGAGACUGGACAGGCAGUCAGCUUUCAUCAGCCUGGCAGUAUCCGCAUUGCUUGUACUCCGACCCGAGUGGAUGAAUUUCAUUAUCAGAUGACAAGGGCAAACUGGAACGUGACACAGCAGUUUAUCAUUGGUCCAGAGAAGGUGCAGGAACUCUUCCCUCUGAUAAACAUUGACAAGGUGCUGGCUGGUUUGCAUAACCCUGGAGAUGGCCACAUUGAUCCAUAUUCUCUCACCAUGGCGUUGGCGGCUGGAGCGAGACACUAUGGGGCGGAACUAUAUUAUCCUGCACCAGUCACAGACCUGACACCGAGAUCUGAUGGGACAUGGGAUGUGGAAACAUCAAAUGGGGUUAUCCGUGCCAACAGAAUUGUGAACUGUGCAGGAUUCUGGGCCUGUGAAGUUGGGAAGAUGAUUGGGCUUGAGCACCCGCUUGUCCCUGUCCACCACCAAUAUAUCAUCACAUCAACAAUCCCAGAGGUGAAAGCCUUGAAACAAGAGAUACCUGUCAUCCGUGACCUGGAUGGGUCAUACUACCUGCGUCAGGAGCGCGAUGGACUGCUGUUUGGGCCUUAUGAGCACCAGGAAAAGAUGAAGAUUCAGGAAUCUUGGGUAACAGAUGGCGUUCCACCAGGAUUUGGGAAAGAACUUUUUGAAUCAGAUUUGGAUAGAAUCAUGGAUAAUGUUGAGGCUGCAAUGGAUUUGGUUCCAGUUCUGAAAGAAGCCGACAUCAUUAACGUGGUGUCAGGCCCCAUAACAUACACACCAGAUAUUCUUCCUAUGCUUGGGCCACAUCAAGGAGUCCGCAACUAUUGGGUGGCUAUUGGCUUUGCGUAUGGAAUUAUUCACGCUGGUGGUGUUGGAAAGUACCUCAGUGACUGGAUCAUGGAUGGGGAACCUGCUUUCGAUCUAAUUGAACUGGAUCCCAAUCGCUACGGGAAGUGGACGACAACCAAAUACACAAUAGAAAAAGCAAGAGAGUCUUAUGGGUUCAACAAUAUUGUUGGAUACCCCAAAGAGGAACGAUUUGGAGGAAGACCAACAGAAAGAAUAAGUGGGGUUUAUGAAACCCUAAAGUCCAAGUCAUCUAUGGGAUUCCAUGCCGGCUGGGAGCAGCCACAUUGGUUUUACAAACCUGGAGAUAAAACCGGAUAUAGACCCAGUUUUCGUCGCACAAACUGGUUUGAGCCAGUUCACCGAGAGUGCAAACAUGUAAUGGAGAAAGUGGGAGUCAUGGACCUUACACCCUUUGGUAAAUUUACUGUGAAAGGAAAGGACUCCAUAAAACUCCUGGAUCAUCUGUUUGCAAAUGUUAUGCCAAAGGCUGGCCACAUAAAUAUCAGUCACAUGAUUACUGCUAGAGGCCAGGUCUAUGCUGAGAUGACAAUCAGUCAUCUAUCAGAAGGAGAGUUCCUGCUUGUGACAGGAUCAGGCUCUGAGCUCCAUGACCUCAGGUAUAUAGAGGAAAAGGCAAUAAGUGGUGGAUACGAGGUCGACAUCCAGAAUAUUACGGAUGAGAUGGCGGUGCUGGGUGUAACUGGGCCAUUUGCUCGCAAGGUUCUGCAGAAACUCACAAAGGCAGAUUUGAGUGGAUCAGCGUUUAAAUUCCUGCAGUGUAAGCCUGUCACUCUGGCUGGCAUUCACCUCAAUGCUAUGAGGAUUUCCUUCACAGGUGAGCUUGGCUGGGAGCUGUACCUCAGACAGCAGGACACUGCUGCCCUCUACAAUGCUAUCAUGGAAGCAGGGCAGGAAUUUGGAAUUGACAACUUUGGAGCAUAUGCUAUGAACUCGUUGCGUCUAGAGAAGGCGUUCAGAGUCUGGGGAACAGAGAUGAACCUCGACACAAAUGCCUUUGAAGCUGGAUUGGACUACUUCAUAAAGCUAAAUAAGCCGGCGGAGUUCAUAGGCAAGCAAGCUUUGAGAAAAAUCAAGGAGGAGGGGCUUCAGCGUAAGCUGGUAUACCUCACUUUGCAAACCGAUGACAUUGACCCUGAAGGAAAUGAGAGCAUUUGGCACCAAGGCAAGGUUGUAGGUAACACCACAUCCGGAGCCUACAGUUACAACACUGGGCAGAGUGUGGCGUUUGCGUACGUGCCUGUUGCACUCAGCAAAGUGGGUCAAGACCUGGAAGUGGAGCUCCUGGAUAAAAAGUAUAAAGCGGUCAUCGUUCAAGAGCCAUUGGUGUUGACGGAACCCACCAGGGAGCGAAUGAAGAAGAGUAAGAGCAAGAACAUUUGAGAGACUGGGUUGUUUGUUAACAAAGCAACUCUAUACCCAACUGCAUUGAUUUAUACCAGCCCUGAAGCUACCAUUGAGAUAGCUAUCAGCUCUUUAAAUGAAGAUAAUAAAUCCAGGCUACAAGGUAACAGGCACUUCUGCCUUAAACAUCUUUCUGAAAUCACCAUCAUCAAAUAUGUGGCAUUCUGAGUAACCAGGAAAUCUGUCCUACUAGAACAUAAUUCCUGCCCAUAAGUAUGCUAUUUGCUAUUGUAUUGUGGUGGGAAUCAUUUUGUGCUGAGCCAUAUCUCAACCAAGACCAAAACCUCCCAUUACUCAGAAUCCUGCAUGUGUGAAGAUGAUGAUCUUAGUUGCUUGCCAUCACUGCAGAUAUAUUUGUUACCAUUCAACCAGUCACCUCUCUCCUGGAGCACUUACUCAGGUAAAGCAGACACUCAGAGCAGAGUAUGUCUUGUGUAGGGCAGAGUGAAGUCUGACUCCAUACACCAUUAAGAGUCUUGCUACAACUCUAAUCGAAUCAUUGUCUGAAAUGGAUGGAUCAUUAAUUCUAAUCAGUGUUUAGAAUUAAACAAGGCAGAUAGAAGAAACGGAAAUCAAUUUAAGCCAACUUGUUCAUGAUUCUGAUGAAGAGGUUCAGGGAAUUUAAAAUACGUAGACUUCUAGGGAUUAAUCUCCAGGUGUUGGUAUAUUUAAGGACUGCAACGACCAAGAGUAUGAUAACAAAAAUAAUCAUUGCAUUUGAUAUUGCACCUAUCAUUGUCGAAACAUC